UAACCUGGACUCUUCCCCCCUCGCUGAUGGACAGGUGGACUCUUCCGGCUGCCCUCGAGCUCUCAGUCCUCCUCGAGUCGUCCUCCGCCGCCUCCUCUUGUCCAGGACCGACUCCCCCUCUGACAUCACCACCACUUCCUCUGUCUCCAUGACGACCAGAGAGCAAAUCAGACGCCACUGUCAGACCCUCGCCAGCCUGAGGAGAAGGAGGAGGAGGUGUUCUCCUAAAGGCCCUGCCCCCUCACAAGUUGAGGUGCAGGAUGAUGUCAUCAGGAUGAGCGAGGAGGAGGAAGAGGAGGAGGAAGAGAGCGAGGUCCUCCUGGCUCUGUCUGAAUCCUCACUCAGCUCAACAGAAGGCGUCGCCCUUGACAACGAUGCAGAGGAGGCGGAGUCAGAGGGUGGACAGGAAAUGACAGCAUCCAGAGGAUCAGCAGAAAAUGAAGAUGAUGAAGAUGGUGAUGGAGGUGCAGUCCUCCUGCAGAAGGAGAAAGUGUCGUCAGAGGACAGUGAGGAGGAGGAGGAUGAUGAUGAAGGUGAUCAGAGGGAGUCUGAGGACGAACAGUUUGCUCAGGAUUAUCUGCUCAGAGUGUGUGAUGCGGUGCAGGUGUGUCAGGGCCUUUCUGAGCAGCUGCUGCAGGUUCUGGAUCAGUUCUCAGCGGUGGGGCCUUCAGGGGCCCCAGAGCUCCUGUACAACGGACUGAGGCGCGUGCUACGGCCCUGGCCUCAGCUGCUCAGAGACUACGCCGCCUUCCUGAACCGAGGACAGGCCCGCCGCUGUGGACUGGUGUUGGAGCAGCAGCUGUUUGAACGCAGUCGGUGGUUUCUACGGCAACUAGGCCAAAGUCUCGGAGAAAGCUCCGUCCUGUACCAGCAGGUGGUGUCAGUGCUGCAGGGAAGCUCCGCCCCCUCACCUGAGGACAUGGACAAGAUCUCGUCUCUCCUCAAACACCACCCUCACCUGCAGGAGGAAUUCUGGGAGUUUUUUCAGCAGCUUCAUGCUCGGACCACUGACUACGUUUCCCAGAAUCCUCCUGGAGGAAACAGGAAGAGAGUCGACAGUCAGACAUCUGAAGAGAGCGAAACAGGAAGUGACAGACAGGAAGAGGAGGAGUCAGAGCGACCGCUGUGCGCCAAGAACAUCUCGAUGACGUCGAGCGGAGAGAAAGUGGUCGUCUGGACCCGUGAGGCGGACCGCGCCAUCCUCACAGCCUGUCAGCAGGGCGGAGCCAAUCGGAAAACCUUCCGCUGUGUCUCCGCCCAGCUGGGAAACAAGACCACCCAACAGGUGAGCCUUCGUUUUCACGACCUCAUGAACCUUUUCCAAAAGUCCACUUCCUGUUCCUCGGAGGGUCAGCCAAUCAGCACGCAGGAACUGGACUGAAGGCGGGGUCUAUCUGCGGCUGUGCGACGGAACCGCCACAGAACCACCACACUGAGCUUCACAAGGCAGAAACCUAUAGAGGGCGGGGCGGACCGUCUGAGGCUGCAGAAUCUGUGAACCGUCUCAGGAUCAGUUUCAUUGAUCGACAGUUCGAUAGAUUAUAGAUUUGCUCAGAUUGUUCUUUAUCUGCUGUCUGAGGUUCUACAGUUCUCUGUCCUUUUUAUUUAUAUGAAACCAAUAUUUAUUUUUCAUUGAUCUCUGAUAAACACAGUGAGGUCACAGUGAGGUCAUAGAAACAGAAGCUGUUUCAUGUUGUUUUAUUGAAGAACAUGUUAAAUAAAAGUUCAGUUAGUUUACAGUUCUGAGUAGAAGAACCAGUGAGAACCAGUUGGAACCAGUUAGAACCAGUUGGAACCAGUUAGAACCAGGGAGAAAUAGUAAGAACCAGUUGGAACCAGUUGGAACCAGUAAGAACCAGUUGGAACCAGUUAGAACCAGGGAGAAAUAGUAAGAACCAGUUGGAACCAGUUGGAACCAGUAAGAACCAGUUGGAACCAGGGAGAACCAGUGAGAACCAGUUGGAACCAGUUAGAACCAGGGAGAAAUAGUAAGAACCAGUUGGAACCAGUUGGAACCAGUAAGAACCAGUUAGAACCAGGGAGAAAUAGUAAGAACCAGUUGGAACCAGUAAGAACCAGUUGGAACCAGUUAGAACCAGGGAGAAAUAGUAAGAACCAGUUGGAACCAGUUGGAACCAGUAAGAACCAGUAAGAACCAGUUGGAACCAGUUGGAACCAGUAAGAACCAGUUGGAACCAGGGAGAACCAGUGAGAACCAGUUGGAACCAGUUAGAACCAGGGAGAAAUAGUAAGAACCAGUUGGAACCAGUUGGAACCAGUAAGAACCAGUUGGAACCAGUUGGAACCAGUAAGAACCAGUUGGAACCAGGGAGAACCAGUUGGAACCAGUUGGAACCAGGGAGAACCAGUGAGAACCAGUUGGAACCAGUUAGAACCAGGGAGAAAUAGUAAGAACCAGUUGGAACCAGUUGGAACCAGUAAGAACCAGUUGGAACCAGUUAGAACCAGGGAGAAAUAGUAAGAACCAGUUGGAACCAGUAAGAACCAGUUGGAACCAGUUGGAACCAGUUGGAACCAGUAAGAACCAGUUGGAACCAGGGAGAACCAGUUGGAACCAGGGAGAACCAGUGAGAACCAGCUGGAACCAGGAACACACUGGUCUCUGGUGGUUCCUCUGCGUUUGGCCAACCAGGUCAGAGUUCAUGAAGCCUUUGCACUAGAGAUAAAAAUACGUCUGCCGUCUUUCUGCGGCUGAAACUGUUUCUGAAUGUUUUUCAGAGGUUUAGUCUUCCCAUGAUGCACCGGGGUAACCCCCCGAUCAAUCCCAUGAUUCCUAGCGGCCUUAUGUGUGUGUGUGUGUGUGUGUGUGUGAAUGAUGUUUAUUCAUAUUGAAUAUGAAUGAAUGAAGGUCGACUGUUGGCUUCAAUAAAACAUUUUUAGGUUUUUCA